UUCUUCUUUGUGUUCCUCAUUGCUCUUCCUCCACUGCAUCUCUACAGAGCUGAACUGGAUAAACCCCAGCCAUGGAUAAUGAUGAGGACCAGUAUCUGAUCUUCCAGGAAUUAUUCAAUUAUACCGAUGACACAACCGACCCAAGCUAUGUGGUCAGCAACACUGUCCAGCUCUGCAUAAAGACCAGUGUCAAUCACUUUGGUGCAAGAUUCAUCCCAGUUUUCUACUAUGUCAACUUCCUCCUGAGUUACUUUGGCAAUGGGCUUGUCCUCUUCAUCAUCUACAAGUAUGAGAAGCUCAACACAGUGACAAACAUCUUCCUCCUGAAUUUGGUCCUCUCCAACAUUCUCUUUGCCUCCAGUCUCCCUUUCUGGGCAACCUACCAUCUGUCUGAGUGGAUUUUUGGCUUGGCUCUGUGUAAGAUAGUCAGCAGCGCCUACUUCAUAGGCUUCUACAGCUCCAUCCUCUUCCUCACACUCAUGACAUUCGACCGAUACCUUGCAGUGGUGCAUGCAGUGGCAGCUACCAAGAGCAGGAAAAAGUUGUAUGCCAUUAUUGCAUCUGUAGCAGUUUGGUGCAUCAGUAUUGUAGCGAGUGUGAAAGAACUGGUUCUCCAAAAUGUGUGGAAGAGUCCGUACAGUGGACUGGUGUGUGAGGAGUCAGGAUAUGAAAGUAGCAUCAUGGAUCGCUGGCGACUGGUCAGUUAUUACCAACAAUUCGUGCUCUUCUUCCUCUUCCCUCUCUUCAUGGUGAUGUACUGCUACCUCAGCAUCACCAUUCGCAUCCUGUCCACUCGUAUGAAGGGGAAGUGCCAUGCUAUCAAGCUCAUAUUCAUCAUAAUUUUCACCUUCUUUGCCUGCUGGACACCCUAUAAUAUCGUCAUCCUCCUUCGAGCUUUACAGGUCUCCAGCGCCAGUAAGGAGGGUGACCAGUGUACUGACUCAGAGAGCUUGGACUAUGCGUUUUAUGUGACCCGGAACAUUGCCUACUUGUAUUGUUGCAUUAGUCCUGUGUUUUACACCUUUUUGGGUAAGAAGUUCCAGAGCCACUUUAGAAGACUGCUGGCUAAGAAGGUCCCCUGUCUCAUGAGACACAUCAGCCUCAGCAGCCACAGCACCAGAACCACAUCACAGAGGACACCACACUCUGCUUAUGAGUACUAGACACA